AGGCGCGAGACUAAAAAGCGUUCAAAAGUCAUUUCAAAAACUCGUUUUAAUGGCUAGUUAUGGACAAAUAUUAUUAUCAAUUAUGGCUUAACUCAGCGUUAUAGAGGGCUCUGUGUGUUGCUGCUGUCAUGACGCAGUCAGUUGUCGUCCAAGUUGGUCAGUGUGGCAACCAGGUUGGCUGCAGGUUUUGGGAUCUUGCUUUGCGAGAACAUGCACAUGUCAAUAAAAAAGGAUUGUAUGACGAGGCCCUCAGUAGCUUUUUCCGAAAUGUGGACUCAAGGAAAAGUGAUGGGGGUGCCUGCGUUGUUGGUGGGAGAAUCCAACAUCUGAAGGCCAGGGCGGUGCUGGUGGACAUGGAGGAGGGAGUGGUCAAUGAGAUCCUGCAGGGGCCACUGAGAGAAGUGUUUGACAGCACUCAGCUUCUCACAGACGUGUCAGGUUCAGGCAACAACUGGGCAGUUGGACACAUGACGUAUGGCUCAGCCUACAGGGAGCAGAUAGUGGAUAAGCUGAGGAAGGCAGCAGAACACUGUGACUGUCUGCAGUGCUUUUUUCUCAUUCACUCCAUGGGAGGAGGUACGGGCUCUGGGCUGGGGACCAGAGUGCUGAGCCUGCUGGAGGAGGAGUUUCCUGAGGUGUGUCGAAUUGUCACCUCCAUCUAUCCAUCUGUGGAGGAUGAUGUCAUCACCUCUCCAUACAACAGUGUCCUGGCCAUGAGGGAGCUCACCGAGCACGCUGACUGUGUCCUGCCUGUUGAAAACCAGUCACUGGUCGACAUUGUGAAUAAGAUUAAACAGAUGUCUCAUGGUGGAAAGCCAGGGUCUGUGAUCAAGAGAGACAGCACCAUCAUCUCUGGGCAGGGCGGCCUCAGUGGGGCAGAGAAGCCCUUUGAUGCCAUGAAUAAUAUUGUGGCUAACCUGUUGCUCAAUAUUACCAGCUCAGCUCGUUUUGAGGGAUCUCUCAACAUGGAUCUAAAUGAGGUUGCCAUGAACCUGGUCCCCUUCCCUCGUUUACACUACCUGGUGCCCAGCCUCACUCCUCUCUACACACUGGCAGACGUCAGUAUCCCCACCAGAAGACUGGAUCAGAUGUUCAGUGAUGCCUUCAGUAAAGACCACCAGAUAAUCCGAGCCGACCCGAAGCACAGCCUCUACCUGGCCUGUGCCCUCAUGGUCAGGGGCAACGUGCGGGUGUCUGACCUCCGCAGGAACAUCGAGAGACUGAAGCCUUCGCUGCCCUUUGUCUCAUGGAACCAGGAAGGCUGGAAGACUGGCCUGUGUUCAGUGCCUCCUGUGGGUCACUCCCACUCCCUGUUAGCCCUGGCCAACAACACGUGUGUGAAGCCCACGUUCAUGGAGCUGAGAGAGCGCUUUACCAAGCUCUACAGGAAGAAGGCUCACUUACACCACUACCUGCAUGUAGAAGGGAUGGAGCAGAGCUUCUUCUCAGAGGCCAUCAGCUCCCUCAGCUCACUGAUUGAAGAGUACCACCAACUAGACGCCACCAAGGGGAGACUCAUGCCUGACGCACCCAGACUCUGCAUCGCCAGAUGAAGGUCCGCUCUGUUGUAGAUCUUUGU